AUGAGACUUUCUUUCCAUCUCGGUGCCUCAAAGCUCACCCUCCUCUCCCUCGCCCUGGUCUGCCUCGUCCCGCGGACCGUCACAUCGUACCCCCACUCCCCCACCGCCCUCCUGCCCACGGGGGUGGCAGCCGAGGCCGAGUGGCUCGUCCGGCCCGGCGCCUGGGCCACUUGGCGUCAAGACCCCCGGAAAGCCGUGCUGAAACCCUGGGAGGAGAAGGCGCCAACGGAGGAGUCGGAGGAGGAGGACCAGUCCUGGGAAGAGGCGCUGCUGAGGGCCCAGAGAGGAGACCUGGAAGCCCCGCCGCUGUCGCCCUUCCCCGGGGGUCACUCUCUGGAGAGCAUGAACUAUCAGAAGGGAGGAGAAGGGGAGGACGGAGGGAAGAGGAAGGGAGCUCUGACCUCCUUCGCCGGAGGCCUCCAGGCCGUCAGCCGGGAGAAAGGAGGAUUCGGUUUCCGCUUUGGGAGGAAAAGAUGGACCGACAGGGGAUGGUGAUGGGGGCGAGCACGGAGGGGAAUAAGUGGAACUCAUAAGGGAGGGGGUUUUUAACGGGAUGAAAGGAGGAUGAGGCUGUGAGGAGACGCUUCCGUCAACAGGCUUCUUCCAAUAUGAAGGUGACGAUACACUGAGCAAUUUUCUAGGCAAUGCACACGGCCUUCCGGCAACAUGCCACAUGCAGAGUUAGACAUGUAUUUAAAUGAUUCUUGGUGACCAAAUAUUGCUGGAAAAGUUGCCCAGUGGAUCACUCCAGGGAAAGCAAGAAGGUUUAGGGCAGGUUGCGCUUAAAGGAGCAAUGUGUAGGAUACGGGAUAUAUCGGCAGAAAUGGAAUAUAAUAUUCAUAAUUAUUUAUAAAAACAAACAAACACUGGGUGCCUGGUUAGCUCACCUGGUAGGGCAGGCGCCCA